UACAUGUAUAUGCAUAUGUAUACGUAUGUAUGUAUGUAUGUAUGUAUGUAUGUAUGUAUGUAUGUAUGUAUGUAUGUAUGUAUGUAUGUAGGUAUGUAUGCAUGUAUAUAAAGAAAGCCAUUGGAGAAAAACAUUACUUACAAACGACAUUACGAACAAGAGUAUCAAGAUUGAAAAUAUAAUUUCUAGCUUCGAACUUUAAAGAUGUCUGCAUUUUUCCUGUUGGUACUGGUACUGAUGCUUGUUAACCCGAGUUAUGUUACCUUAGCAAGACGUAAUUCCUGCCACUACGAAGACACAGUAUGUGAGUUUAGUUUAACCGUUACUCACAAACUACCGAUGACUUAUCAUGGCCAUUCAGUCGAAAUUAUCGACGGCAAACUGUAUUAUUUCCACAAAGGCAAACAUUACAUCGAUGCUGAUGAUGUAUUAACCAUGGAUGGUUAUGAUGAGCAAUGGUUAGCAAUCACUGUAAAUGAAACUAUCCCAGGCCCUACUAUUGAAGUUUUCAUCAACCAGACUGUCAUCAUAAAAGUCACAAAUGAAUUGUGGUCCACUGCUACCAGCUUACAUUGGCAUGGAAUUGACCAAGUAGGAUCUCCAUUUAUGGAUGGUGUUAGCUUUGUUACCCAGUGUCCAAUACAACCAAGUGAGUCGUUCAUUUACAUAUUCAAUACCACUAAGACAGGUACAUAUUUCUACCAUUCUCAUAUCGGAUUACAAAGGAUAAUGGGACUUUAUGGAGCACUUAUUGUACGGGAUAAACCUCCUAUUAUUCAGGAGAAGGUUUUAAUAAUUAGUGAAUACAAUCACUUUUGGAAUGCGAAUAAAGCAUGGAUGAAAACAAUCUAUUCCAGUGCAUUACAUGGGAAAAAAACGCCCGAUUUAAGAACAUAUGAUGGAACGUAUUUAGGGCAAUUUCUGUAUACAUCUGGUUUAGUAAACGGCAGAGGACGAUAUUAUGACAAACGAGGACAUCACAAUGGGGCACCGUUAUCAAGAUUUAACGUUCAACAAGAUCGAAUGUAUCGAUUCCGAGUUAUUUCCGCAGCCAGUGAAUUGCCUUUUGAAUUUUCAAUUGAUUCCCAUCCUCUUCAGAUUGUAGCGUCUGAUGGAGCAGAUUUGAAAGGAUCUUUUUACGAUUCUGUCAUCAUACAGCCAGGAGAACGAUAUGAUUUCUUCAUAACAACUAACAAAGACAUAAAAAAUUAUUGGAUUCGAGGUAAAACGUUAACAGAGAAUCUAAAUCAAACAUUCGAAGCCAUAUUAUCAUACGAAGGAGCCUCAGAUACAGAUCCGACCAGCAGAAGCAAAAACUGUAGUCGUACAGUCUGUGAUGUCCUCAACUGUCCAUUUAUGUAUUUUCCAGUAAAAUAUAAUAAAAGAUGCCAUUCCAUUUCUGGUCUCCGUUCGCCUAAAGUUCAAAAUGUACCAAAGUAUGAAGAGCACCAUUGGGAAGAAUAUUUUCUUAAUUUCGCUUUUCCUAAUGGUACAGCUUCCGUGAAUGGACGAAGUUUUCUUUAUCCUCAUGUCAACCCAUUGCUCCAACCAAAUGAAGUAAAAACAUUGUGCAAAGAAACUGAAUGUGGUCCUGGAAAAACUUGCUCAUGCACGCAUUCAAUAACGUUAUCAAAUGGUAAUAAUGUUCAACUAGUUUUAACAAAUAUGCACAGACUUUAUGGAGUUUCUCACCCUAUACAUUUACACGGCCAUUCUUUUCAUGUGGUGAAAAUGGGUUUUCCUACCUAUAACAAAACAACAGGAAAAUUAAUUUCAAUUAAUAAGGAUAUCAUGUGUUACGGUGACACGGGGUAUGAAUAUUGUAAUAAUCCAGUCUGGCGAAAUAAGACAUGGAAAGGAGACAAUAUACCCGGAUUGAAUUUAGUAAACCCUCCCUUAAAGGAUACUGUAACAUUACCCUCAGGUGGUUACGUUGUUGUCAGACUGAAAGCCAAUAAUCCUGGCUUAUGGUUUAUGCAUUGCCACAUGGCAUUUCAUACCUUUGAAGGAAUGGCUCUGGUAGUAAACGAAUCAUUUACAGACAUACCGACUUGGAAAUACCCCUUGCCUAAAUGUCGAAGCGUAAAUUUACAUGGACAUUUUUUUUCUAAAGGGGCAGAUUAAAUACUUUUAAGAAACUGUCGUAGUCUUUGAAGAGCAUAUAUUAAUAUACGAAAGUGAGAGAGAGAGAGGGGGGCAGGGAGAAAAUUUAUAUACGGGUUUGUGAGGUGUCUAUGUAUGUAUUUGUGUAUGAGAGAGAUCAUGUGUUUGUGUGCGUGUGUAAUAUCUGUAGGCAUGUGUGUAUGUAUAUAUAUAUAUAUGUAUGCCCAUAUAUACAUAUACAUAUAUACAUAUACAGUGUGUGUGAAGGAGUGAGAAGAUGUGGGUACGCGUGCGUGAUUUUUGUAAAGAUAUAUAUAUAUAUAUAUAUACAUAUUUAUAUAUAAAUACAAAAUGGGACAAGAACGCAAAACACCUGGACAGUUAGGUGAUAUAAAAGGGACAACAAAACAUCCAGAUAGACGAUACAAAGAAAACAAGGACUGGUCAUUCGAAGUUUUCUUUUUAGUAUACCAAGGAACUAGAACAGUUUUCCCUCCAUUAUCAGAUGGAUGACAAUGGAUAAAAGGUUCGAAAUAGCUGCAUAACUCAACUUUGAAGAAACGUUUAUAAAUGACCGCUGGGAAAAGGCAUUUGCUUGCUUCAUUUGAACAAUUGAAACCGUUUUGGGCAAUUAAAUUUACAAUGUUCUUUUCAUAAUAUUGCUAAAUUGUUAUUAUAUAUUAUUUACGAGUGGCUGCCAAAACGUUACUGCUUUUGGCAAAAGAAAAUACCACUGGAUCAGUUAUGAUUUUCUUCAACAUAUUCCGCUCUCAAAUUCACACACUUGUUGCAGUGAUCCUUCAGUUAUUCCAAGACCUCUAAAACUCGGAGGUUUGGGCCUCCUAUCAGGUUUUUCACGAUACGCUUAAAUUCAGGAACUUCUCAGCAUCCUUUCGUAUAAUAUAAUUUUUAUUUGUCAUGUUUUUCUCAACUUUAUACUGUUAUAAUAACUCACCCGAUGUAAAAUUCUGUUAGCAUUUUUUAAAUAUUUUUGUCUAAGUAAUGUCCCGCUUUUAUGUCCUUGGAGAAAAUAAAGAAAUUAUAACUUGAAACCAUUA